AUGGCUGACGUGACGGCUGAUGUGACGUGGCGUGAGGGUCUGCUGACGUCCACAGGCGGAUCGAUAGUCUGGCAACUCUGGCCACGCUGCAAGGGCCAGCAGCAGCCCAAUCUGGAGAACUGCGGCUUUGCGCGCGCCAUGAUGAAGCAGAUGCCGUCCAAAAUGGCGCUCUCCGCCAGCAAAAUAGCGACGCUGGCGUACGGCAAGACGUCGUCGACGGGCGGCGGCGGCGGCCCGUCGGCGCCCGACGAGCUGGUGACCGUUUCUAGCAGUCACGUCCACACGGCGCCCUCGCUCCUCAGAUAUGAAAAGGAUGUGUCCAGCCUCGUGGACGUCAUCGAGAUGGAACUGCAAUCGCAUGGCAAGUCCGUUUUAACUGAGAUGCGAAAAAACAAGCGGCUGCGCGAGCUGACCGUCAGUCUGACGGUGAAGCGGCUGGUGCGCCAGCGGCUGGAGCAGAACCUGGAGUACCAGCGCAGCGUGCAGAGCCGCACCCGGCUCCAGGUGCUAACGGACAGACUCGGACGCGGUCUGGUGCUGACGAAGCGGCAUCUGGCGGAUGUCCACGACCUGGUGCACAUCUGGCACGAACAGCUGAAGAGCAUCGAGGGCAACUUUGGCCAGAACGUGGGUCUCUAUUUCCGCUUCAUGCGCUGGCUGCUGGUGGUGAACCUGGAGGUGCUGCUGCUGGUGCUGGACUUCAACGACCCGGACGAGGCUCGACGCAGCGCCAUGGGCGGUGGGUACUACCAUCGGCGCUGGGUGCUCACUGUGUCGCGCGGCCGGGGCUGGUUCCUCACGACCCCCAUGUACUACGGCAACUACUACCGCGGCCGCAUCCCGAUGGCUGGCGGCAGCUCGUACUACAUGCCGUCAGCCUACCUCAACAUCACCACCCUAUGCAUCACUUUCCAGCUCAUCAUGCUGGCCAGCAGCACGGCCCGCUCCUACCGCAAGAACUUCAUCGAUGGCCUCUACACGGCGCUGGGUCGCACGGCCAGCAACCUGCUGGUGCUGGGCGUGCUGGCCGCCAUCUCGGCCCUCACCUGGCUGGUCAUGAGCAUGGAUGCGAGUGAGGGGCAGGAGGGCAACACGAUAUCUCUGUUGGCGUCGGCGCUCAUGAUCAGCAGCUCGAUGGCGUUGUUCCCGCUGCUCUUCCAGCUGCUCGGCCAGCUGGAAAACUUCACGCACGCGCGCGCCCUUAUGUUUAUCACGCUCAUCAGGAUGGUGGUGAUGGCCAUCAUCAUCCUCUGGCACCAUCGUCAUCUACUGGGUGCACAAGGUCAACACGGAGGCUGCCGACAAGAGCCGGGCUGCGCCAGCGGGUACGUGUCCGCCGAGGCUCGACCUCCGUGCUGGGAGGACCAGGUGGGCUCGGAGCUGUACCAGCUCAUGCUCGUGGACCUCAUCUUCACGCUGGUCGUCGAGAUCGGGCUGGAGGGCGUCAGGAAGCUCUCGUUCCAGAAAGGCCUGAUGUGGGCGGAAGAGCCGCACUUUGACAUUCCGCGCAGCACCAUGUUCCUGAUUUACGGCCAGACCCUGGUGUGGACGGGCACCUACUUCAGCCCCGUCCUCUCCCUCAUGGGCUCCCUCAAGCUCAUCAUCACCUUCUACGCUCGGAAGUGGUCGCUGGAGCACAACUGCCAGCCCCAGGCCCGCUCCGUUCGAGCCUCGCAGACCCAGACCGUGUUCCGGGUGGUGGCCUUCAUCGUCUGCUUCCUCGCCGCCUGCUUCACCGGCUACAUCAUCUUCAAUGUGCAUCCUUCGGAGAAGUGCGGCCCGUUCCAGGGACGAUCGGCGCCGUGGGUGGUCGUCAAUGACACGCUGAACAAGUGGCGGGACGAGGGCCACACGUUCGUGUACGGCCUGGCCGUCUGGUCCAACCGACCCGGUGUGGUGAUCGUCUUGGAUGCUCGUGUUCAGGUCAGGCCAGGGGGCGGGCUGAAUCAGCUGAGUGUGGUGGCCUACUACCUACGCUCGCUGGCGCUGGCGCGCGAGGAGAUGAUCGUCCUGCUGCGUGGUCAGCUCGCGCUGGAGGGACAGGACAAGGUGGUGCUGCUCCAGCUCAUCGACGAUGCCGCCAGCAGACUGGACGAAAUGAGGAAGGGCCAGCAGGAGGAGCCGGAGGAGGAGCUGCGCGUGCUGCUGGAGCCGGGGGAGGUGGCUGGCGACAGGCGCGAGUCUCUGCCGCCCGAGGCGCUGCUGGCCGAGGCUAGGCGUGCGACCGGCACCGGCAGGAAGCGCAUGGGGGUCAGCCCCGGCCGUACCAGCCACUCGGUCAGGCGACCCCAGCUCAAGCUCAGGACACGCCAGCAGGGCAAGGCCGCCAGGAGCUCGCUUUGGUCACAAUUCCAGGACUUCGUCCGAGAGUCUUCUGACGAGGCUUCGGAGUCGGACUCCAAUAUCAGCGGCUAAGUACUGGUCUCGCCACGGGCACCCCAGCAAGAAGUAAACAUGCUGACGCGAGCCGCAUCAGCUGACUUCGAACACCGUCAGCGGCCAUCCGAGGUCCUCACAAUGCCUGCAGACAAAAUCUGGCGUUCCAGUACCCGAGCGAUUUUCAAGUACGAUGCCUGUUUAGUGUGACGUUGCGGGCUGAUCGCACGGUUGGCCGUCUGCGAUGACGUUUUCAGCGUGAAACAUCCGGCAGUAGUCAAACGUUCGAAUGCUCAGUUAAUAUCAUCAAAGUGUGCUGAGCGGCGUGCGUCGAAGGCAAGGACGACUAGUGGAGGGCUUCUCACACAUCAAUGUGGUGCACUGAAUUUUACUGUACAAACGCUUCCAUUCGUAGAGGCAUGCGUCAUUACAUGCAUGCUGUGCGCGCCAUGGACUUUCAGUGGUUGUUCAGUUCGGUUCGCUCAUCUCGUGUUGCGUUGAACGGUUGCCAGUUUUCUGUUUCACAGUAUUGCUCGGGAUGUCAUGGCCGUGAUUUGAUGUUUCGUUUCGAGCUCGCUGUGCUGUGUCUGCCGCAUUCAUGUGCCAUUCUGCGUCACGUGCACAUUACCACCUAACUCCUGUAUUGUCUUAUAGGAGUCCUGCUUUGUUGCGGGGAGCUCCCGUUCAGGUGGUUGUUGUACCGAAUCCAUGUCGUCAUCGUUUUCUAUCGAUUUUGUUCUCUUUUCCU